UUUUUAUAGAUUAACUUUAUUACUUUUCACACGAAUUUGCAUUGGCUGCAAUGACUAAACACCUAAGAAAAAUGAAAAAAUGUUGUACAAAAACGUUGAGCCAAUCAUCAACUAGUACGCGUUCAUUUAAUCAUUGAUUUUUUUUUUAUCUCUCUCCAAGUAAGUUCACACUUUCCUUUUUGCUUAUAUAAAAAAAAACCAUGACAAGAGGCUGGAAGCGAGUCCUUUAUAUAUCUCCUCUUGUACUUGCAAGUGUAAUCCUUGUCCAUGCAUCGGAUCAAGCAGAGGUGUUGACAACUUUUUCUAUAGAACAAGAAGGUCAGAAAUUAUAUCAUUCAGCUGUACAACAAUUGGAGCAAAUCGAGCAAAAAUUAAACCCCAAUGCAACCACCACGACACACAACGAAAAUCAAUCCUUCACCGAUCAUCUCAUUGCUAAAAUCACCCGACUCUUUUGGCAACCUUCAAUACCUACCGAAAGCGCAUUGGAUAUCGCCUCACACGAUGAUGUAUUUCAACCCGUCAUUCGUAUCCUAGAACGAUCUGCACGAGAAUUUCAUAACAAUGAUGCCUUGCUCUUACUAGCCGAACUUCACUUUCACGCCAAAUACGCUCAUCGCAGAGACUUUCAUUCCGCCUUGGAAUAUUACCACGAACUUGCUCAAAAGGGAAACGCAACGGCUCAACAAAUGAUGGGGUUCAUGUAUGCAACAGGCAUUGCCGUGAAAAGAGAUCAAUCCAAAGCACUGCUGUAUCAUACAUUUGCUGCACAUGGCGGCGAUACCACGGCUCAAAUGACCAUGGGUUACAGAUACCUAUUAGGCAUCAGCACAGAUGAAAAAUGUGCUGAUGCUCUCUACCAUUACAAAAGAGUCGCUACCAAAGUUAUUGAUUAUUACCUGUCAGGUCCACCGGGCGGCUACACUCCACCUUUAUCCAAAGUACGUCUAUCUGAAGAGAAUGGCGGUGUCUAUGGUUACGGUGCUAGUAUCACCACCGAAAAGAAAUCACGACAUGGCGGAGAGAAAAACGUGAGCAUUGAUGAAAUUCUGCAGUAUUGGCGUUACCUGGCUGCCAAACAAGACAUGGAUGCUCAAUUAAUGUUGGGCCAGGUGUAUUAUUUAGGUACCCGUAGUAUCCCACGUAACUUUGACGAAGCCUACGCCUUUUUCAAUCAGAUCGUGAAUAAAAUUCCAGACCAUGGCAAAGUCCCUGCCAAAAACGCAAAGGCUAUUGGACAAGCAGCGGGUUACCUCGGUCUCAUGUAUUGGCGUGGUGAAGGUGUCCAAGUGAAUGCAAAGACAGCUUACAAAUGGUUCUCCAUCGGUCAUGAUUUAAACGACGCCACUAGUCAAAAUGCCUUGGGUAUGAUGUACCUUGACGGUAUCGUCCUACCCAAAAACAGAGACAAGGCCAUCGAAUUCUUCAAGAAAUCGGCUGAUCAGGAAAACCCAAAUGCUCAAGUCAAUCUCGCUAUCGAGUUUGCUCAAACCGACGCUCAUUUACCCUUGGCUAUCAAUUUGUUCGCCAAAGCAGCUGAAGCUAAACAUUUGUUAGCCUUUUGGUAUCUUGCUCAUAUGAAUGAACAAAAUAUCGUGCAAAGACCUUCGUGUCGGGUAGCUGUCUCCUAUUACAAGGCUAUCGCAGAAAGAGGAGAUUGGUUAUAUCCUACAGUGGAAGAUGCAUAUACCGCCUAUACCAAAAAAGACAAAGAAAGUGCCUUAUUAAAUUAUAUGUUGGCCGCUGAGCGAGGAUACGAAGUAGCCCAAUCCAAUGUAGCUUAUAUGCUGGACACAGACAAGAAAAUGUUGACCCAUCUGCCAUGGAUUGGAUCCAAAAAUAAUAAUACGGAAGAGGAAACUGGACCUGUGAUGGAUCAAGUGGAUAAAGGAGAACUUGCGUUAAUCUAUUGGUCUCGUUCUGCCAAUCAAAACAAUGUGGACUCACGAGUCAAGAUGGGCGAUUAUUAUUACAAGGGCAUUGGUACAGGUGUGGAUUAUGAACGUGCGGUACUGUGUUAUCGGGUAGCAGCAGAAUUCCAAUCUCCUCUAGCGUAUUGGAACCUGGGAUGGAUGUAUGAGAACGGGAUUGGUGUGGCCAAAGAUUUUCACCUGGCCAAAAGGUCAUAUGAUCAGGCGCUGAAUACCGAUCAGGAUGCAUAUCUGCCUGUAAAACUGAGUUUGAUCAAGAUGUAUGUUAAGUAUUACUGGGAGUGGAUGACGGGACAUGAAGUAGGCCCUGCUUUGGUGAGUGAAAGUCAUGGAGGAGGCGAGAUGAAAAGACGCAAGCAAAAGCAAAAGGAAGCUGAAGAAGGAUGGGAUAUCGGACAAGAAAUGGAACACAAAUAUAAACUCAAGAAACAAAAGGAAAGAGAAGAAAAUGAACGUUUAGGACAGGAUACUAUGGAUGAUCCUUCCUUUUCAGAUGAGUUUUCCGAAGAAGAUGAAUUGAUUGAAAGUCUAUUAAUUUUGGGUCUUUGUAUUCUUGUUGGUUACUUGGUUUAUGUCAGACAAUUUCGUUUUGGUAACGCUAGACCUCCUCAACCAGACCAACAACAACAGCAACAACAACAACAAUUAUAAUCUCCCUCCCCACUAAAUAAAAAUUUAAAUGAACGCGUACCAUUUUGGGACGUGUUAUUAAAUUCCAAUUUUUUU